AUGGAUUUGGGCACAGAAUUCGGUUCUGUCUUCUCUGCUCAGGGCACUGGUUUUUCUUUCAAUCUACAAGCUCUCUUGGCUCUUCAUGGUAAACCCUCUGUUCAAAUCACAAGGCUUGAUAUUCAUUUUCUCCAUAGUGGCUCUUCAUUUCUACAGGAAGUGGAUGUCUUCUCUGGACACCAACUGACCUCCAUCUUCCUUGCUUUUCUUCUUAAAACCCCGCCUUCACAUAUCUUUUACAUGGACUUGCUACUGCAAUGGAUCUGGUUUCCAACCAUCUCCCACAUCUCUCUAUUACAGAACAUGAGGGAUCUCUCAAUUUUGCUAGAUAUUCAUCUUCUUUGCCUUGAGUUCUGGUCUGCUGCUGAUGUUGAAUCUUCAUGGUGUUAUGGUUCUGCUCUGGCAAAUAUCUUCCAUGAUGGAAUCUUGUUGCAGUUCAGCACUCAUAGGAAUUCUAGUUUUGUGUUGGGCUUCUGUUACAGGAGGACUUUUCACUUACCCUACAGCCGCCUUAUCAAUAAGGCAGCUAAAUUAUCACGCGUUUUCCAGUCUCCUAGGAGCAACAAUAAUGCUUCUCAGUUGCUUAGCUCCAUUGAUCAUGGUGCCUCUACUUCAGCUCCUCUCUUCUUCUUCCAGCUUAAAUAG